GAUAUAUAUGGGCAGGGAAGCGUGCAGUCAACUCCAAAGGACAACACAGCAGCUGCAAAGAUUUCAUCUGUCAGCCAUGAGGGUCAUCAGCAUUGGUCCAGACCCAUCUCUGGCAUAUCGGCCAAAUUUGGAGAAGAAUGAACACAAAGAGAAGGAAGAAUACAGAAACUUUGAGACUGGAAGCCUUAUUGACCGUGUCUUCAGCACAUAUAAGUUGAUGCACACCAACCAAACCCUGGACUUUGUAAAGCAUAAGCACUCUGAAUGGACCAGCUGCAACCACGCUCAGAUGGGGAUGAUGGACGCCAUCAUGUCUCUGGACCAGCUCGUGGACGAGUCUGAUCCUGAUGUGGACUUCCCCAACUCCUUCCACGCCUUCCAGACUGCUGAGGGCAUCCGCCAAGCACACCCAGACAAAGACUGGUUCCAGUUGGUGGGUCUGAUUCAUGAUGUUGGGAAGAUUAUGGCUCUUUGGGAUGAACCCCAGUGGGCUGUAGUGGGCGACACCUUCCCUGUGGGAUGUAAACAUCAAAACUCAAUCGUGUUCAGAGACAACACCUUCCUGGAUAAUCCAGAUGACAAAAACCCCAGCUACAAUACAGAUUAUGGGAUCUAUGAACCUAACUGUGGACUCGACAAUGUCCUCAUGUCCUGGGGCCAUGAUGAGUAUCUCUACAGAGUUAUGAAGUUCAACAACUGCUCGAUCCCAGAGGAGGGGUUGUACAUGAUUCGCUUCCAUUCGUUCUACCCCUGGCACUCCCAUGGAGACUACAUGCACCUGUGCAAUGACAAAGACCUGCAUACGCGGCCCUGGGUCCAAGAGUUCAAUAAAUUUGACCUGUACACAAAGACCACUGAUCUUCCCGAUGUCGACAAGCUGAAGCCCUACUACCAGUCUCUGAUCGACAAGUACUGUCCUGGAAUACUGAAGUGGUGAAAUGUGUAAUUCUGUAAUGAUUCGACAUACUGUUGCUUUAUACUAUAGCUGGACUUCCUGUACACACAUUAGUUAUCAAUGAAUAUAGUUCUAUCAAGUUUCAAACUACUCAGAAUAUAUCCUGAGUAACUGAAUAUUUUAUCUUGUGUAUACUGACAAGUUCUUGAAAUUAGACAGGUGUGUGUAUAUAUAUAUAUAUAUAUAUAUAU